GUUGACUAGUUAACUAGUUAGUGAACUACGCUGCUUACCUAAUGUCUGUCGGUCAAGUAGAAAGAAUACCUUUUACAUUUUAUUAUAUCAAUUAUUUCAUCCAAUUUUGGUCAUCUAUAGAUUCGCGGAAAGUGGAUCUCAUAUACAAUUUAAGCUCCUUUUAAGACGAGAAGAGUUGGAUAUCAUCAGCACAUGUUCUGACUGCAGUACGAAACAUCGUGCUAAGCAGAGACACGAAUUAGAUCCCGCAGUUUGAAGGCAUAAUUGGCCCAUUAAGAAGCCUACAAGCCAGCUGGAAACAUGUCAGCUCCAGGGGACAAUCACCUUGCGUUCACAGAAUGGGUUAUAUCCCAAGGAGCCAAAAUCAACGGCGUGGCACCAGCUCGAUUUCCCGGACGAGGCCUGGGGAUGAUAGCCACCAGAGAUAUCGAAGAGGGAGAAAUCAUGGUCCAAGUCCCCCUAAAGGCUAUGUAUACCAUUGACUCCAUCCCUCCAUCAUUCGUCAACAAAUUCCUCGACGGCAUCUCCGUCCAUGGCCUCCUCGCUGCCUUUCUCACACACGGAGACCCCAACCUCCUAGAGAAAUACACCCUUUGGCAAGCCGUCUGGCCCACCCGACAGGACUUUGCAGAUAGCAUGCCCCUACUCUGGCCAGAGCAUCUACGCUCCCCAUCCGCUAACACGCUAUCCCCAACCCCAGAAGUGCUCCUACCACCCUCUAUUUCAGGCCAAUGGAACACAAUCCGCAAGAAAACCCUAGACGAACCGUACAAGACGAAUCAUCAGAACCUCCUCCCGGAAAUGGAGAAAAGGUUCCAAGAUGCAUGGGAUAGUGUGCGUGCCGUCUUUCCAGAUACGGAUCGGGAAACAUACUUGUAUUUCUGGCUCAUUGUCAAUACGAGGAGUUUUUACUAUCUUAUGCCGGAUGAGGAUCCGCCGGAAGAUAAUAAUGAUGCUAUGGCGUUGGUGCCUUUUGCGGAUUAUUUUAAUCAUUCGGAUGAGGCGUGUGAUGUUGUAUUCGAUGGCGAGGCGUACACAUUCAGAGCUACAAAACAUUAUGACAAAGGAGAAGAAAUAUACAUGAGCUACGGUCCUCAUCCAAAUGACUUUCUCCUAACAGAAUACGGCUUCUAUCUCCCCACCAACAACUCUGACGCUAUAUAUCUCGACGACAUCAUUUUCAGAGACCUCAACGCAUCAAGUAUCGAACAGUUGAAACUUCAUCAGUAUUAUGGCAACUACCAACUAACACCCACCGGCCCAUGUUUCCGAACCGAAGUCGCUGCCUGUCUGAAGUACCUUCCCGCAAAGGACUGGCGGAGCUAUGUCCAGGGCCAGUCGACGCGGGGAGUGAGUCCCAAGAAGACGAGUACGGUGGUCAGGGCGUGGAUAGGACGGUAUCGGAAAGAGGCUGAGGAGACGAUUGGGAUUUUGGAGAGAAGCAUUGAAAAUGAGAAGAAGGAGGGAGAAAUUAAGGAAGACAGAGAGAAGUUGGAUGUGGUGUUGGGGAGAUGGAGGCAGAUUAGGGGGUUGUGUGAGAGUGCGUUGGAGAGUAUGAGGUAGGGGCUUUUUUUUUUUUCCUUUUGUUUCUUUUUGGUGGAUGGUUGGCGUCAGAUUAUUUCCAGGUUGGAAAGGAAAUAUAGAUAGAUGGGAGGUAGCACAGAAAAGAGUAAGGUAAGG